UCCCAACCCUACGCUGCAGGGCCCCGCCACUUCCGCCUGGAGGAGCCUCCGUUGGUCUGCGCACUGCGUUCGCUCUGUUGGCCCCCGCAACCACCACCCAGAAGACCCCUAGGACCCUCUGGCUGGGCACCUUCCACUCCUCCCUGGAUUGGCCGGACACGUGGGAGGUGCCAGGGCAGGGCUUCCCAGGGAGGUUCUGGGGGUGGCGGUGUGGUGUGACCGCUGGCCUCCUCGCCAGUCCCCAGGUUGGCGGCAUGAGCUCUGGGGCCGCCCAGAGGCUGCAGACACUCCAGCGACACGUGGGCUUCCAGGAGGGCAGAGGCAUGGAGCCAGGCAGCAGCCCGCUGACCACACACGUGCUGGACACUGCCUCAGGGCUCCCGGCCCAAGGCCUCUACCUCCGUCUGUCCAGGCUCGAGGACUGUGGCCAGCAGUGGACUGAGCUGAAGAAAAGUUGCACAGAUCAUGACGGCCGCUGCCCUGGGCUCCUACCUCCAGGCCAGAUGAAGGCGGGCACCUACAAGCUGUCCUUUGACACUGAGGGCUACUGGCAGAAGAGGGGCCAGGAAAGCUUCUACCCAUACGUGGAGGUCGUUUUCACCAUCACAAAUGAGACCCACAAGUUCCACGUGCCACUGCUGCUGAGCCCGUGGUCUUACACCACAUACCGAGGGAGCUAGUGGCUGACCGGCAGCCAGCCUGUGGGCGCAGACAUGGCGCCACGGCAGACCAGGCCGCCCCCAAGCAGCGGGUGGGCAAGUUCCUGAUGGGCACGAGGGUCACACUUCCCCUGGGACAUUCUGGCCCCAUGUCGCAGGGGCAGGUGUCACUCAGGCUUCAAUAAAGUUGCUGCUGACAUCUGC